UACAGUACACGUCCAUCUAUGAGUAGUACGUCGGCGGCGGAUUACGCGAAUGCGACGGCGGCGUCAGCGUACGAGUAUAGUGUCCAGACGCUCCUUCACGCUGGACUGGAUGAGAGCGUGUCGGUGCCGCUGCAGCUGGCGUUCAUCUUGGCCGUGACACUGUUCGUCUUGGGGUUUGAGUUCUUGAUCGAGUCGGUCGAAGCCAUCAUCGAGCGACAUCCGACGUACUGGACGCUACUCAACAAGAUGUACCGGGAGUUGCUCGUGGGGGGUCUCACGGCGUUCGUGUCCAAGCGCAUCGAUCAAUGGGACAUUUUGUCCGCGUACAGUCAAACCAAGCUCAACCUGAGCGACGACAUGGUGUUGUACUUUUCGCUGUCGAUUGCGAUCCAGUCGGCGCUCAUGUUCAUGAUGCUGCGUCGGCGGAACCGCAACGUGGACGCGCUUUCUGCGCUCGGCGCGCGGGACUUGGUCGAGGUCAUGUCCGCCGACCCCGACCGCGCCGCGUCUCGAUUGUCCCAGUCCGCCAUGAAGACCAAGAUCCUCCAGCACUUCUUCCUCACCACGUUUGGGCUCCCCGACCUGUUCUCGUUCCCAAAGUACCUCCGUGCGAUCCAAGAUGCCGAGAUCUUUUCCCUCUUUGACAUUGAAAUCAUCGAGUGGCUGCUGCUCGUGGCAGUGUACGCGUUCUUCUUUUGGUUUGCCAACCUCUUCGACAUCAUGCGCUUCGUUCCCGAAGGCGCGACCGACGACGCCAUCGACGCCGGCGUCGGCUUGGCCAACGCCAAGCGCAUCCAAGCCGGCCGCGUCGGUAUCCUACUCGUGUUUGUGCUCGUGCUAUCUGUGACGCUGUUCGUGUUGUACCAGUACAUCCGGUUCCGUGUACACCAGAUCGUCGUGCACGCAGGGGGGUACCGAGCUUCGUACUUGGAAGCUAUCAUGGCCAUUGCCGCGGACGAAGACGCGGCGCCGCCCCCGCUCUCCAACGACCGCGCGAUCGGCCAAAUGGCGGAGCUCGCCGACUCGCUCGCCGACGUUGAAGAUCACUCGGGUAUUUGGGACCUCUUGACUUCAGCAUGGCGGUACAUGGCGGGAACGCCCCAUGCAGCUAAACCCAACGUCGCGAUGCCAAUCCAAGACCUCCACCUGCGCUUUUUUAGCCGGAAAGCCAUUCACGUGUUUGCCAAGAUUCUGCUGUCAUUCAACGCCAUGUACUUUGCGCUGGUGUGGGCUACGUUCAAUGCAUCCAUCGCGCCCGUGCUCGUGUCGGGCGAAGCCACGUGGUACCCCCUCGCCCUCGUCGGCAUCAUGGCCGUGCUCGUGUUCAACAUGAUGUUCUUUGCGCCCCGCCUCGUCCGCCAGCUCGCGCUCGUGAACGCGACUGUGCGCGUGAAUCCAACCCAACUGAAAGCUGUGAUCGAACACUUUUCGGAUGUGCUGGACAUGCAAACCAAGAUGGCUGACGCCGUCGCCGUGUAUUGCGACGCCAAUCUCAAAGACGUGGCCGACAUGGAGAUGGACUUGGACGCGCUGGACCCUGCGGGAACGCUCGUAGUCGACUGCGAAGUCCUGCGCGGGGUCGUGAAACGCUACGGGUUUCGCUUUUCAAGAAACAAAUUUCAAACGUUUGUUCGCCUCCAGUUUCAAACCCGAGGCACGACUGUCCCGUACUUGGAAUUUACCAAGUUGCUGUCGAGUUUGCUGCGACAGCGUGCGGCAGCAUGCGAUGAUGACGACGACGACGACAGGGAUGUGACGCACCCGACGUUGCAUCACUCCAACGACCUCGCAGAUGGCCAAGUGGACAGCGCCGCCAUCGCCGCGACCCUAUCACUUCAUGAAGCAAUCGGGUUGAGUGUGAAGAAACAACAACCCAUGCACCAGUCCAGCACUGGCGGCAGCUUCCGACGGCCGACACCGCUGCUCUUGGAUACCCUCUCAGCCUACACACGUGUGAAUGCAGAGGACGAUGCGACACAGGAAGCCAUGUAUGCGACACUGCGUACGCCGCCGCCGGCUUCGACGACAGCUAAUACGGCGGCGGCGGUGGCUGGUGGUGGUGCUGCACAACCAACGACAAGCAACGUCAGUAGUAGUACCACGACUACUACGCCAUAAUAUAUAUUGUGCUAUCGAGC